AUGAUCAUCAGCAAAAAAAAGCUGAGAAAUCAGAAUGAAUUACUUGUCAUUGGAUAUUAUUGUUUCAACGAGUCUCUUCUCGCUUUUGGUGGCUGUUUCUUUGCCAUUCGUCGUCUUCUCAUUUCUCUUCAUCAAGAGGACUGGCCCCUGGUGCCUCGUAUGAAUUGUAUCACCCAUCCAGCCCUUGUCAUCAUUCUUUUCACUUAUUAUUCGGUGCCUCUUGCCGAGAUCAAUCUCACUUUCGAUCGCAUUUUGGCCUUAUAUUUUCCCCUUUUAUAUAUGCGAAUACCGCUGAGGAAUGUGCUCGUGAUACUCGUAGUGAUUACCGUAAUCUCUGGAUCUGUGACAACCCUUAGCAUCAUCGAUACAUCAAUUGAAGAAAGAGCAAAUAAAACGAUGAUCUCUCAAGGCUGUUAUCUCGACACUUACACACGACUCACUUAUUAUGGAAUGUACUUUGGCAAAGUCGUUCUCUAUCUUUCUUGUUGCCUUUUGUACAUACCAGUUCUAUGGAAAGUUCGUUCAAUUAUGAAAAACUCGACUUCAGAGCGGAUGAGAGCCACAGCUAGAGCUUCGUUGGUGAUAGGUCUUCUGAUAGCCGCUCUUCUCAUCUUCAUCAUCAUCCCAACACUUAUCUUAACCAUUCUUUUCCCCAGUCCAAAUGGCCUUCUCGUUUUCUACAACGUUCUCUUAUUAAAACCAUGGAUGAAUGUAAUCGUGGCUUUGUUGCUCUUCAAAGAUCUCCGAUCGACAAUAAAAGCUGUUUUGUAUGGGUUGAGUGGGUGGAGUGUUUCGUUGAAACAAACGGUGAUUGAGGUGAAAACUUCGAUUAUUCAUGAGCCAUUCAGUAAUGUGGUGAUGCCAAGCGAAAGAGUGAACACU